AUGGGUAAGGUUCACGGAUCUCUCGCCCGUGCCGGUAAGGUCAAGGCUGCCACUCCCAAGGCAAGUAUUCCCUUCGAACGCUCCAAGCGCCAACCCAGACGAAUCGUCGAGCCCCAGGAGAAGCCCAAGAAGCCCAAGGGCCGCGCCUACAAGCGCAUCUUGUACACCCGCCGUUUCGUCAACGUUACCAUGACCGGUGGCAAGCGCAAGGUACAUACCACUUGA